AUGGUUCAUCGUCCACAAGGAUGUCUAUAUCGCAGUCUCAGGCACAGGACCUAUCUAGGCCUGCAUUAUGAAAUGUACCAGUUAUUUUUUUUUUCAUCUGAACACAAGCUCAAUAUCAAUUCUUUGUGUCAGAGGUAUUUAAAUUAUUAUAGUUUGAUUGCUUCUAAUAGUCAGGUGUCAAUAAUUUUGAAUUUAGAACAUUGAACCUUUUUUUCUGAUUAAAGUGUUUUUGUUUUGCCCUCUAAGAAAAGUGUUGUUGCCAUCUUGAACUGUAUGGUGUCCCCUGACUGGAGACACUUACCCAAGUACAAAGAAGACUAUUCAUCCCAAAUGAAGAAGGAUAUUGAACUUGCUUGGGACUCUGAGCCAAGUGAGCCCACUACUUAUGAAUUUUACUACAAAAUACUGGAUGGAGAUAAUUGUGGUAGAGAUCCUUCUGAUAGGGAAUACAGCUGGAAAUCUAAGUCUUGCCUCGCCUCCAUUGCUAACAAUACAAAUAAGGUUUGUAACUGGCAUUGAAGCCCUUUCAUUGUUCCAUUCCUUGGAGUGGGUGGGGGGGGGAUUGGUGGGUAUUCCAGAUUCUCAGUGACAGUGAGGGAUGAUCAAUGCUUUUUUAGGGUUUGAAUAUAAUUUCCAUUCUAGAAUUUUUGGGGGAAGAAAGAUUUGGUGAGUAUUUUUUGUGUGUCUUGAAUUAAGGAGGUUUUUUGGGGCAUUCAAAGUAAUCUAAAAAUUUUGUUGUAGUGUUCAGAUGUAAUGGCUGAAUAGUUCAGCAAAACAAGUACAGCCAAACUUGUUUUUUGUUGUUGUUGUUUAAACUUUUAACACAUUACAUUGUAUCUCAUACAUUGUACUAAAUAUGCCAUAGACGGUUAUGCAUACCCCACAAAGGGUCCCGCCGCCGGGGUGUAUCUAUAAACAAAGUUUCAUUUCAUUUACAGCUGUAGGCCUGUCCAUUGUGUUAAUUGGGUGCCUGGAUUAAUUUUUUGGGUUUGGUUGGAAGUCCUGGGGAUUUUUUGGUUUUGACUUUUGCCUCCAUUGGAUCAACCCUGUCUUUGGAAUCCAGAGCACCUCACCCCCUUGGGGUUAUAUUGCAGGAAAACAUCCACUUGAGCCCCUAUCCUCACUCUGGAAAAAAUAACUUAAAAUGUCAGCUGUUAGCUAUAUAUAUGUAGUUCAAAUGACAUUGUCAGUGUGAAUUAAUCACACCUUCUCUGCUUUUGCAACUUGUUGCAGAAAGUAGAAAAACCUUUCUUCAGCCCUGAACAGCAGGUUGUUUAAGGUAGCAACCUGAAGCAAAGAAAUACUGUUUAUCACAUCAAGUUGCUUCUUCAAGGUAAAACAAGCAACAUUGAUUUCCAACAAUUUUGCGUGAAAUGGUGCAUGCAUUACUUAACUGUGCACUUAAGAGAGUGAGUAAGAAAUGCAGCUGUAGUUACAUAUUUAAGACCUAUUUAUUCAUUAUACACGUCACUUGGGAUCAGAAAGGCAGUAUUAAAAGAGAAACAUGUCUCAUGUAUUGUAAAGUAAUUGACAACAUAAUUAUUUGUGGCAGGAUGAUCCAGUGCCCACCACUGUUCUUGAUUAGUUUUCAUGACUAAAUAAGCAAAGUAUUUCUAUUUCAUGUUUCCAUGCAGGAAUCCAUUCAACAUCCAGUCAUAAGACAGCUUGUUAAAAGGAAGUGGAAAAAAUUUGCCCGUUUUUGGUUCAGGUGAUUAUAAUGUUAAAACUUUGAAAUAUGACAACUGGGAAUAGAGGUGUAAUUAAGGUGGCUCGUUUUUUAAGUAAUGAUCCCGGUAGGGUGGAAAGCAGCAUUUAAUUUUGUUAUGCGGCAAUGUGCUUUCCCCACAUAGGAAUGUUCCCAUUUUUACACAGAGAAUGAGAAUAUCUUAAAUUAAAUUUACACAAGGUCAGUGCUUAUAGCUUAAGAUCUUUGAUUGCGCCUGUCCUUUCUAUUCUGAGAGAAGGGACAUUUCAGCACUCGCCAGCAACUUAAUUUUUAAUAAACUCCCGUAGCUCUUAGAAACGUAACUGAUUACAAUUCCUUCUGUCAUAGUGUAGACUGUCCACAGCCCCCUAUUUUUUCGUGAGAACGUUUAGAUAUACCGCGUCUUAACGUCACGGGUAUCUUGAUUUUCAAAUGUACCGAGGGGGCGGGCGUAGGGGAUUAUAGCUAUUUUUCUCGCUUCCUCCCAAACCGCCCCCUCCCCGUAAGUAGUUUUGACACUCACGUAAGAUGGCAGCCCGUAACGCGAAGCGCUCGAUCUCGAUGAUCUUACGGGAAAAUAGAGGACUGUGAACAGUCUAGUCAUAGUGUAAAGAGACACCUUUUAUAUAAGGAAUCUUAAACAGCAAACACAACUGUAAACAUAUAUACACUCUAUUUUCUUCUUCUUAUUUUUAUAUAUAUACAUAUUUGUGUAUUUUAUUAUUAUUAUUUUUUUCGAUUUAUAGUGUAGAUUUAUGUUGUAGAUAUUGUAGAUGAAGAACCUCACUUUGUUAGAUACUCUGCAAUAAACCAUUAUUAUUUUUAUUAUUAAACCUACAGAAAGGCCGUUUACGUGGUAAAUGUAUUUAGAUUCCAUUUUGAAAUGGUGUUUCGUGUUAAUAGAUUUUGACCAAUUGUAAGAGUUGCAAACAGUAGCCAAGAAAAGUUACAAAUUUUACUUUGCAUAUAUUUUUGACUGAAAUUUCUAGUAGCAGCUUUUAUUGAUAUAAUAAGUAUGCCAAAUCAAUUUCAGAGAAUUAUUGGGAAACAGAAAUCCGUAACUAGAAAUUCAUUUAGAAUUCAGUUAUACAAUAACUGUACAAUUAUUGUUUUGUAAUUUCCGAAGCAAUUUUUUUUAAUUGCUCUGAGGUACAGCUGUAGAAUAAUCCACCAAUUUGAAUUUUCAGGACAGAACAACUACAGCCCUAACUGAUAACGUUGUGUUGUUGUAUGUUUUAUCUUUAACAAAUCAAGACUGUUUUCUUUUAUGGCUUGAAAGUUGCUUGUCAUGAGUUUCAGGAAUUUUUAAAAAUAGUUACACUGUGGCUCCUUUCAUGAGAUAUUCAGUUCUCCGAUACUUUAGCAGGAGCUUAAAUUGUCAUCAGACAUUUGAGGAAACAUCUGGCCAAUGUGUGUCAACUUUACUAAUGACAAGUUGCCCAAACUUAACCUUCUUCAACUCCGGACACGCGCCCAUGCCCCUUUUCCAUUUUCCUGUAUUUUUCUUCACCAGAAACUAUAAUAUUUUUACUAUGAUAAUUAAGUUGAGGAGGCAGUAGCUAGGGUAAUAAAAAAAUUUUGUAACUAUUAUUCUGGACUAAACACUUCAACAGAUGCAAUACAUGAAUAAUGAAGAGUUUUUGUUUUGUGUUUUUAGUGUUUGCACAGGUCUAUAUGUGACAUUUUUGUUGCUGUUGUCAUUUGCCUUGUUCUAUGGUUCAACUAGAGAUGAUCCAACCCACUACCUACCGUCACGACUAGUGGACUCUUACCAGACGCUCUAUAAACAGCAUGAGAAGUAACAACCGAUACAACGACUACUUUAGUUACUUUACCUCUUCAUACAACAGUGUACAGUAUUUGUGAAUCCCAAUACAAGUAUUUCUUUUGGAUUCAGUUCCUAGAAAAUUUCUUUUAGGUCCAUGGAAACUCGAUCCGUGAAUUAAACUUCUCCUUUUUACACGGAAUUUUCCUUUCAAAUAAGUUAUUUUGUAUAUUGUAUGAUUAUGGAAGGAUGUUGGGCUAUAGUUUCUGUGGACAGACUUCUUUCGUGGCUAGUAACUUUUUGUUGAAAUGGUGUAUAAGUGGUAAAAGCCUUAAGUUCUGUCAGGCCUUGGAAUUCUAUUCUCUCCUAGUUGUUGUCAUAUUCUGUGUUAGUAAUAGGAGUCCACUUCAUAACCAUAUAUAAUUUAUCAUCCUAUGUAACAAUUAAAGAAUGAGGCUGAGUAUCUUAUGAAGAAUUAUGGAGAUCGAGGAGGACUGUGUUCUCCGUCGAGGCCGUAAGCCAUGGCGGAUAACACCCCCCGAGAUAAUACGAAAGCCGAAUUCAAUAAUUGUUUUAUUAUUCAUUCAAAGUAAUUCCUAGCUUAAAAACAUGGCUAAAACAUGCUAACCUCCAUCAAUCAGAUCGAUGUUAAGGGAACGCGUCCAAUUAUCGAUCUCAAAAUGUUAAAAUAGCUUGGGCCUGUGCUAACCGGGACCCAAAACGCAUGACUAUAAGAAUCUUUGGAGGAAUAAACAGUUUAGGACUUUAAGCGAAAAAAAUAAAAAGAAGUCAGAACAUCCACGACCAAAAUGCAAAUGUUGUUACCAUGUUGUGUACUUUAACUUUUUAAAUUGCCACAGGAGAGAAGAGGACAUCGUGCAUGAACUCAAAAAUUAGUGACUGAAGGAAGCUUCAACUGGUUUUCCCUUUAUCGAUUCUCUUUCCGCUAUUAAAUUUCGUCAAACUUACCGGAUGUAUGCACAGUUUGCGUUAGUUGAACACUCCGGUAAAAAAGGUUCUGGUUUUUGUCAAGAAGUCAGCACCUUGAGUCAAGGGCAAAUCUUCCCAAGUGCUGAGAGUGGAAAGCAAUUUCACGUGGCACCCUGCUCAAGCUCACAGAACAGCUAAGUCGCCAUUCUCUCUUUGGCAGCUCCUGUAAACUUUGUUCCGUGUCUGCCGUGACUCACGAGUGUGGAAAUGUUUCAGUUCUUUUGCUAAUUCCCUGGAGACAAUCUAAGGCCGCAAUCUAAUUGGUUGGUAUUAUUUUUUUUGCCUCAGAUCGCAUUGCACCUUUCGCUAACGAUCGUUGAAUGAAAGACGCACAUUUUCGUAAAAGUUUAUCCCGUGGUUUUAUAUUAUCCAUGGUUUUGCUCUCGCUAGGAAACCCGUGAGGUCUACUUGUAGCAAGUCUAUGCAUCCAGUUGUGCUUCGAGAAAGUGAAAUCUGGUUAUGUCUUUGGAUUGAUUGUUUUUAUCGAGUAAAGAACACACUACUCAGUAUGGUGUUUUGUUUGCUAUGUAUCAACGAAGAACAGUGGUGUUUUGCGUCAUAAUACUUACUCAUGUAACUCCUUUGUUCGGUAACUCCCUUUAAUUUUCAUAGAAUAAAUUUUAUGGAGUAGCGUGGUGUUUGCGACCGACUGAAGGAAAUGCCUCUGCAAAACGUCGAAAAGCACGUGUAUGCACGCAUCAAAUCAACAAACUUGAAACACAACAUACAGGAACAUACAAUAUUGUUAUUUGUUAUAGGUACAGUCGAUAGAAAUUACUUUUGAAACGACUCUUUCAUCAUUUGGUUUCGUGACACGCUUCAUUUUAUAUCAGGUAACAUAAUAUAAUAUGACGAUGACACAUAUCAACAUCAGAAUGUCAAUUGGCUCCGAUGGAAUAGGCAAAGUUUUUAUCAUAAUCGGAAACGGCAACUGGUGCCUACAGAUCGAUACCGAUUCCGAACUAUCGGAAAAUUAGUCGGGUCCGUUUCCCAUAAUCGGGUUCCCUACCGAUAUUUGGACGCGCUCCCUAAGUUCACCUUCGAUACUGCACGUUUAGGGUUGCUCAGCUCCGCAAAUAUUCUCCAAAUAGCAGAUGUCGCCCUUCGAGUUGUCGUCUUGCUGUUCUUGCCAUGUUUUUAGCUAUUAUUUCGCCUAGUUCUUACUCUUGGAACGAGUGAAAUGUCCGCCAUUUUUGUUUUCACAACCAAACCAACUCAAUCUCGUCCCUAGGUCUUCUCGGUUAAGGGUGCAUUAACCUGCAAGAAGGCUGCACUUUUGGCGUCAUCGGUUCAUAAAACGCAAAAUUCUUCCAAAUUUGAUCAUCAGUAGCUGGUUAUUGUGAAUUAUGCGUGUGCUUUUAGCCAAUCAGAAUUGGGGAAAUAUUCUGAAUGAGUAAUAAUGGUAUAGUUAAAGAUCGGCUAUUUAAAUGAAGUCAUAAUGAACUAUUUGCUAAGACUUUAAAAAGUAGAUCGUUUUUUUAAAGGGGAUUGGUUUCUCUAGUUGCUAUGGUAGGUCAAAUUGAAAAUGAGUUCAAAUUCCAAUUUGUUGAGCACCGGCUGUACCAACCCAAAAUGCUUUGGUGCUAGAUUCAGGAAAGUUUUGUAUAAUGUAUCUAUUAUUCAUAUAGUUACAAACAUGGUCAAACAUGGAAUCUCAUUGUUUUAAAGAGGUAUGAACAAUUCCACAACAUGAAAUAGCUGAGAAAUGACCAAGUUUUUAAAUUAUUGCUGAAUUGCAUUGCAUUGCAUUGCUUUCACAUAGAGGACCCAUAUAUUACAUUGUUUUUUUUUCAUAUUUUUUCAUUACUGUUAAUGUUAGAAAAAAAAAGUUACCGUAAUACAAUGAAGGGACAUAUUAUAGUAAAACAAAGUUAGCCCCCCCCCCCCAAAAGAAAAAAACAACAACAACAACGCUAAUGAAAGCGUACGCUUAAUACAGCCAAGGCGCAUGCAAUAUUGAUACAAGCAAAACAAAGAAACAAAAAAACAGCCCAGGUUUGAAGUCAUUAACCCGAGAAGUCACAACACAUAUCAUAACUGAUGCACAAGGAGGUCCACUUAUUCCUGUAUUUGGUGUGAAAACACCCCAUGAAAUAAACGAAAUGAAAGAGGGAAUACUGUGGAACCAGCAUUUUAUUACGAUAGGUGGAAAGUCGAUUUUUUUAUAAAGCCUGGUCAAGCAGCGGCAUUCAAAUAUUAAACGACUCCCUGGACUCUCAUGGUGUUUAUUUCCCUUCGAAAACUUCAAAAGUAAUCGAGAAAGGUGCAGCGUACUCCAUAUCUGCGCCGGUCGUCUCGCAGCGAUUCCCAAAAAUUAUAUAUUGCAUUGUCAUGGCAACCUUAGAUGGACGGCCUUGUGGUAACCUAAUCUUCCUCAGGCUAAUGACACCACCAAGCGUUGUAAUUAGAAUUUGGUUUGUGUUGCAGGGAACGCUUGAGCUACCUUAAAGGAGUUCAGUUUUAUUACAAUCUGUUUGACUGGCUUGGUUUGAUCCUGAUUUUGAUUGUGAUUCCACUUCGCUUCUCUGAAGAUGAUGCACAGUGGGUGCUAGCUUCUCUUGGUUUUUUCUUCAAUGUCCUUAGACUGUUCAAGUACUCAUGUCUUACAAGGUAUUAAAAAUGAAAUGACGUAUUGUUACAAUAGAUAGGUGGGCCGGCGUACACCUGUAAAAGAAGAAGGAGAAUGGGGACGAAAAGAGCAAAAGGCAAAGGGGAAGAGGGGACGGGAUCUAUUUUGCAUUCCUGUAAACACUGGCAACUGUAAAUUUAUAACUGGCUGGCUUAGCCAUGUUGAGCACUAAUUGAUGGGUUGGUUGGAAACAGUUGAACGAUACGGCUGUUAGGUGGUCAAUCUGUCUUCUGUGGCUCCCUUGUUGACUCAGUUUGAAUAAUAAUAUUUUUUUUUUAUCAUUGAUCGUUUUCUUUCAUAUAAAUCAUUUGUUGCAGGGCAAAUAAAAAUUAUUAUUAUUUCGGUUUGGUAAUUCCGUUAUCAGUUUAGGAACUGCACUGUAUGCCACUUUUUCAUCAGGCAAGACCAUGGUUUCAUUUCAAAUAUACGGAGCAAUCCAAGUUUUUGUUUUGUUUUUAUUGACGAAAAUGUUGAAACUCCUUUGAUUUACUCAAAAUGGUUUUUAGACGUUUACUUUCAAAAUGAACUAUUUUCCAACAAACAGCUAAAUAAACUCACACAUAAAGUCACUGAUGUGGAAAUGAACAUGGCUACUUUCUGAUUCAAUGCGUAUCGACAGCUGUAAGAGUUGACCUUAUUACCUUGCUUGGGAAAUUGCAAACAGAUAUUUCCUUGCGUUUUCCUUUUCCUGAUUUACACCAUGCAGGUCUUAUAAUUAGUUACAGUGGGGAUGGGGAUUGUAUUGUCGGGGCCCGAAUUAUGAAGUUGUCAGAACGAGUUGUUUAAUUGGAAACCGAAAAUGACCUCUGCCCUCCCCCCGCCAAAAAAAAGAAAGAGAAAGAAGUUUCUGAGAGCUUCGUGGCUCCGGCAAGCAACGACGACGGCGACGUCAACGAGAACGGUCAAAAUCAAUAGGUUAAGACUGGGAAAACAACCACUCUGCACAUGCAUCACGCUUUUGUACAUUUCUUCGCCGUCACUGCACGUUUACGACGUGAAACUUCCUAAUUUCACGUUUUGUUGAGGACGUGAACAUAAGACGACGAAUUUCUUUUUUUUUUCUUUUUCUGAACUUCGAUACAGUCUUUUAGAAUUAAACUCGAGAGAAAAUUGCCAAAAUAUGACGAAUUGAACGAGAUGCAAUAAGCGCGAAAAAUUUUGAAGCAGCGCGACCGACUUCACUUUUUAAGUGACGUUUUCAUAGCCGUCGUCGUCGUUCUUGAUUAAGCUCCCUACUAUUUUUUGAAACAGCUGUUGUUUUGUUGCAUUGAAAAUGAUAUUGAUUUUUCCAGAGAGACUUUUGCAUUGAUCAGCCCAUCUGUAGUUGUAGUUAGACUCUUGUAUUUUGUUUUGCCAUAUGAUGAUUAUGAUGACUGUUUUUGUUGCUGCUUUUUUUUGAAGGACAACUGGACUUUAUACCAAGACAUUAGCCAAGAUUGUUUACUAUGACAUUGCGCGUUUUACUGGUGUAUUUCUGGUCAUUUUUCUGGCAUUUUGUGGGGCAUUCUUCUUGUCAUUGCGAGCAACCAAUGCAGUGCAAGUUUUCGGGUAAAUUUUUUAUUUUUGUGUGUGUUUGGGUAUUGCCAGUUUCCUUUAAGGCAAUAAAAGUUUGUUUAAGGCUCCGUCCACUCUUACCGGAUAGUUUUGGAAACGGAUAUAUUUUCUCCGUUUUCGAAACUGAAUAAGCGUCCACAAGGAUGCACACAAGCGUCUAAAGUGAGAGAAAAACAACGAGAGCGCUGGCCAAAAAUUGAACACAAAUUUUCACAAGUAUGUUCGAAAUAGAGGCGUAAGUAAAUCAUACUGUGCUUUCAAAAAAAAGAUGAUACAACAAGCUUGCCUAGUCCUUAGGCAUCAUUAUUCCGCGCGGCCAAAGCGUUUGGUGUCACGUGGUCCAAGCGAAAAUGUGAGGCGUUUCCCGCCCGUUCACCUCGGAUACGUCACUGAAAUGAAUUGACCGAUAGGGACUGGGAAAACGCUGUACGGGCAAACAACAAGCAAAGUUAGAAAUAUAUAAAUGCAUGAAAAUCGCGCGUUAUGCACCAUUAACAUUCUCCAAUCUACUGAUUGGCUCCCAGAAGGUCGCAUAGAGCUGGAAUGUCAUUAUUCCUAGCUGUGGAAAGUUUAUAUUGAGUUAACAAUAUUUUUCUCCUUUUCUCAGAGGGUUUGAUAAAAUUAUGUUGAGUGGCGUCCGAGCUCUGGUGGAACAACAGCCAGCAGCUGAUGAUUACUCAAGAUACAAGUAAGGUGUGGUUAGGGAUUCGCUAAACGAGCUUUUUAUAAGAUUUUUAUAAGUAGACGAGAACAGCUGUCUUUUUCUUGAAAAAUCUUAAAAAGACGUUCUUCAGGUCUUUGAAUAUUCAACUCAGGCAGCGAAAAUAUUUAAUAAGCAUCAGGGAUAUUUUUGCAUGAGUUAAGAACUUCUUAGUGAGUUUUAGGCAUUUUUUUUCAUUAGUAUGAUUGUGUUUUUUGUUCUCAUUUUUGUCAAGUUGAAUCUGAAGUUUUUCAUUUGCUGUAAGGAUGAUGGUAAAUCUUUCUCUUGUCUUUUUUUAUUACUUCAAGUUGGUUUCCUGUGGUUGUGCUACUAAUUUACAUGACAGCAGUAGUGGUUAUACUUCUUAAUAUUCUGAUCGCUCAGAUGAGCAGUACGUACACCAAAGCCAAGAAAACAGCCAAACUCCAAUAUGAUGUGGACAGAAUGCUGAUUAUAACACGACUUGAGCAUAGCAGGUUCCGUCGAUUUGUAAGUUUUUCUUUCUUUUUCUACAAAACCUCUUGCCCUAUCUUCAUGUCUUCUCUCUUGGAAUAGGCUAGAGCUCUACUGUAUAUCCGAGGUGUAUAUGAAUAUUCCUCGAAUAAAGUUACACAUUUUAGAUGAAUUUACUUGUAUAGUGAGUUUUAACAUUUAUUAAUAAGCGUCUUAGAUGUCUUAUCCUGUGGUAUUUCGAUAGGCAGCGUAAUUUAGUGCAUGUUGAUUUAGUGUUAGUCUGUUUGUGUUAAUUGUUUGAUUCUUUCUCUUUUUAGCUGGAAAAAUUUUCAACUCAUUCGCCCCUAUCAAUUUUGCCGAAACUAGACUAGUCGUGCCCUUUUCUGAUCACUGUCUGGCUAUAAGAACUAAACCUUACCAAAUACCUGUUUGCAGGUCUUGCACUUAGUGGCCGUUUGCUCCAGAUGCAAAAUACCUGCUUCCAAAGUUAGGGCAUGCGCAGAUUUUGGGUUGAAUAGUGACACAGCGGUCUCGACUGUUUCUUUUGCUUCCUCUCCUCCCCUCUUCUUUUGUCUUUUUUUUUGUUCUUUUGUUGGGCAUUUACUCGGCUACGGUGGGAAAUGAUUUCGGGAAAGCGUUUAGGAAGGAAGAAAUGGAUGGAAGGAAAUGUGGAUGGGGAAUGAAAGUAGAUUUUCAUCAGAACUUUCGUGUCAACUUUGUAUUGUUUUUUGUCUUUUUCGCCGGUCUUCUUGGCUGAAUUGUGUUCAUUCUGGCAUGGUUUUAAAGAUCUCUUCCUCCUGCACAAGAAAGGUGACAAAGUUGUCCUUGUCCGUUAAAACGGGCAACGUCUUAAGCGAUACAACAGACGUGGAUCCGCACGGGGCGGUUAUAGGCCGCCUGGAUUCAGGGGCGAAUGGUUCAAAGGAUUUGGCUAUAAUUAAACGAGUGUCAGCUGUGAUGCUAGUUGCAUUGUGAAUUGUUUUUUUUUUUUUUCGUUUUUCUAUUUUAGAAUUUACGUCUUAGGCAUUACCAGGAAUGUGAAGUUAUAGACGAGAUGACUUUAGCGCAAGGUACUUAACUAAUGAAACUUUAAAACAUUUGCUCGUUAAAGUUGGAGUCAUCAUGUCUCCGGGCAUUGCGAUGGAUAGGCUGAAUCCUAAAGAUCUUAAUCUUUUUCGUUUUGGAAUUGUUUUUUUCGUGUGUAGAUCUAUUAGAGAACAGCGAGGAUAGAUCGUCAUGGGAAUCAAUCGAGGACAAGCUUGAGGAAAUUAGGUAACUUGGGAUACGUAACUUGUUGUCGAAAUUGAGCGGUCUCUUUUCUUACUAUUAAAUGAUAUAUUCAGGAUAUAAAAGUUCAUUUUUAUACCGGAUAGUCUAGUUUUAAAAAGCUCAUCAAAAUCAAAAGCAGCCCAGGUGGGCUGUAUGUUCAGUAAAAGCUUAAGAGAAAAUUGAUGAUUUACCAUAUUGCCCUACCCCUGGCCAACACACCUCCGCGUGAUCGGGGAGUGAAUUGCAUCUCCUUAAUAAUUUUAAGGUUAUUAAAUCAAGGGGAAAGCGGAGAAAUUUACAGCGUUUUAUCUCAUCAGACAAUGUCUUAGCUAAGUAUGUUCCCAUGACGUAUUGACCUCAUAUGACGUAUGUGACGUAGAAAUUGCGUCACGAUUUUAUGUAUACGCAAUGAUUUUUGGAUCCACCAUUUUGGAAUUUCAGUUGACUGGUUGGUUUUUAAUCCGAGGAACAGACCUUCGCUGGACGACAGGGUUAAAAAAAAAGCAAACGAAGAAACAAAAAAAUAUACACAUGUAUACUCCAACCUGUCCUACGUACACACACUUAGGGUCAGAAAAUUGCCCACAUUUUAAAGGGAGGUUGAAAAUGCAUUGUGGCUUGGACCAUGACUAAGUGUAUUCUCGGAGGAGGUGUCCGUUAUGGAAGGUUCGACUGGACACUGAAGUAAAGCUUAGCUGACUUCAUCUCAAUGUGUCGUAGCAGGCUUAGAUUACUUAAAUGUCAUUUGUUACUUUUUCGUGUCCGGAGACCGUAUGCACUAGACAACAAGAUUGUCUGUAGUUUUUCUACACAUCUUUCUACGCUGGCUUCAGCUCAAAAGUGAGUUGAACUUACAGUUCACCUAUGGCAACUUGUGACAACAUCGGCGCUUUUUGUACUUUUUAGUUGCAUUGUGGAGGUAUUCAUUUCCUUUUUGUCUUAUUGUUUGUAGGAACAUUAUGCGGAAGAUCAUUAAAAGGAUUUCUAUUUCCAAUGAAGAUUGACAACGUAGCUUAACGGAUUUCAACAUCAUUUCCUCAAUUCAGCUUAUCGGCUAAGAGUGCGUUAUACA